GGAUAAUCAGUGUCUAUAGAGAGUCUUUUAACACCUUGAUUUCGUGUUUCGACGUCUGGAUAUGAAAUUUUAGGUAGUUGAAAACUGCAUCAUGUCUUCUGUGUUAUAAUAGGUCUUCGGCGGUACUACUAAUUCUUGCGCUACUCCGGGCUGCGUGAGUAUGGUGACGAUACGGAAAUAUCCCGUGUGUGUUGGUAGAGAGAAGGGAUUGAAGAAGACUAAGAAUGUUCGACCAAAAAAGCCAUCAAACAGGAGAGGACGUAUAUCAAAACAAGCUAAGUUCGCACGGAGUCUGAUCCGUGAAGUUGUUGGUUUCGCACCUUUUGAAAAGAGAAUGCUUGAAUUGCUGAAGAACGAUAAGGAAAAGAGAGCUCUAAAGUUUGCCAAGCGACGAAUUGGAGGUCACAGAAGAGCCAAGAGAAAAAGGGAAGAAAUGAUGUGCAUUGUUAAGUCAGUGAGAAUGAAAUAAAUUGGAAAUAUACGUCUAAAUUCGAUCCAA